UUUUUUAUCCGCUUUUUGAAUUUUAAUACUCUUUUUUGUAUUAGUUUAUCGACCCUCCCCCCCCCAAUUUUGCGCAUUUGCACCUAAUCUAAAUUAUAAUGUCUUCCGAUUUAUUUGACAAUUACGAAACGGAGUAUGCUGGCCUAAUAGCCUCAAUCCGCCAACGCCUCGAUAUCACUUUGCCCGACCUUGUUGGCCAGGAGCGCCGCAGCGCCCUGCAAAUCACCGAACGCGAGUUGACCGAGGCCUACGAGCUUGCAGAGCAAUUGGAAGUUGAAUUGCUCUCGCUUCCCGGUCCUGCGCGCAACCGUGCUGCCCCACGUAUUCGCCAGUACAAAUCAGAGGUGAACAAACUAAAACUCGAUGCAAAGCGUGUCGCCCAGGGUCUCGGCAACCACGAGUCAAACCGGCGCGCACUGCUUGGGGACGCCGCCGCUAGCCCGCUAGCUAACUCGGGCGACAUGUUUGGUGGCCUUGAUGGCGACCAGAGGACCCGCCUGUUGUCGGGAAACGAGCGAUUGGCUAGAGGAAGUCAGCGCCUGCAGGAUAGUCACAGAAUUGGCAUUGAGACAGAGUCUGUUGGUGCAAGUAUUCUCAAUGACUUGCGCUCACAGCGCGAGCAGAUUGUCAACACUCGUGAUAUGUUAAUGCAAGCUGACUCCCAUGUUGACAGCUCCCAACGCACACUCAGAACUAUGACGCGCAGACUUAUGACAAACAAGAUGAUCACUACUGGAAUUAUUGUUAUUGGUGUUGCCCUUGUUCUUCUCGUUCUUUAUAUUAAGAUUGUCCGCUAAAUUUUUUUAUAAAUACAAAUUGCUAAUUUCUGACUGCUAAAAUACUAUGUAAAGUUGGACUUUCUUUUUAUCAGCGAAUGCUGGAUUAUUAUUAAAU